ACCACCGGAAUUAUUUAGAUUACGCACAGAAAUCACAGAGGUUUUUCUGGUAUAUAUUCUAGCCAGGUUCCCCAGACUAGGAAGGGGAGAGUAGCUGAUUAGGCGGAAGCCAGAAGGAGACCAGGAGGAGACCGAGAGGUGACCAGGAGGAGACCAAGCGCAGUUAGGGACUCCUACUUUUCCCGCGGACCUCCAGCCCCCUUCCCCUGAGCGGGGAGUCGAGCGCAGCACAGAGACACGACACAACCGUUUCCCGGAGAUCUUUGGACUUUUUUCGCUUUCAAAGUCCACAAUUCCCACCGUCCAUCCGCCUCCUCCUGGGAGAUGAGCCAAAUCAACCGACAUUUAGUUUGUAGCAAAAUAUGGCCGGGAAAAGUUAGGGGGGAGAGCGACGUGAGGAGCCGUCCCAGGACGAUCGACACUGAGGCAAGACGAGUGCAUCUGGUCAAAAACAGCUCGACCGGAAACCGAGCCGAGGUGGUGUUGGUGCAGGACUAUGCCCCGGGACCCGGCCGGGACCCUGCCCCCGGACCCGGGGUCCUUGGACCCGACCGCUGCCGCCUGCAGCACCGCAGCGGAGCCAUUGAGAAGGCGGCGUGCCAGCAGGCGGCCGGCCGGAUCAACUGCUCCAACCCCGCCUGCGCUUCCAUCUCCGACACGGCACGGGAGCUGUGCAAGGCGGUGUCCGUGUCCCUGGGGCUGGCCGGGGACUCCCACGACAUGAGUGACCCGGACCCGGGUCUGGGUCAGUUUUCUCCGGGGAACGAGCAGCAGCAGCACCGCGGAGACUACCUGCUGGGGGUCUCCCAGACAGCCCAGCGCCCCAGAUGCGCCAACAGCGACCCGCACAGCGACCAGCAACUGGUGGAAAUGUUUAAAAGUCCCGAGGACGAGUCGAGCCUGCACCACCUGCUCUCCGCCCGGUGUCUGGACGGACCGCAGGAGGACUUCGACGUCGUUUCCUCCAAAGAGAUGGACCCUAUGGACACGGCCCAGCAGGGGACCUGCUACCCCUACGGCCCGCCCCACCCGGCCGCCAACUUCACCAACUACCCCAACAACGGGCCGCCCGGCGGCGAGAGACAGCCGACCGCCUACCUGCCCCCGGGAGCGGGGAGCGAAGUCGGAGGGGAAGCCCUGGAGGAGAAGUACGUCGACUACCUCCAGGAGCAGUACAGCGUGAAGAUCAAGUCCGAGGCGGUCCACAGCGAGCCCCACAGCGGGGCGUUAUGGGGAACUAGUUACAGCUACGACGGGACCGGCAGCGGCCCGUACCCGGGUCCAAGGCAGUGCGUCAAUACGCACAGCCUGGGCGGCAGCGGCGCGCUGGGGGGAGAUCCGUACGAGACGGGGGUGCUGCGCCGGGAGCGGCCGGGGCCGGAGCAGUGGUACCCUGGGGGGACGCUGGCCCGGCCGCCCUACCCCAACCCCGGCUACAUCAAGAACGAGGUGGGGGGCUGGCUGGACGCGACCUACAACGAACCCCGGUUCGACGGCGGCCGGGAGCACAUGUUCCCCAUGGAGUUCUUCUUCCCGCCCCAGCGGACGUGUCUGAUCUGCGCCGACGAGGCCUCCGGGUGCCAUUACGGGGCGCUCACCUGCGGCAGCUGCAAGGUCUUCUUCAAACGAGCCGCCGAAGGCAAACAGAAAUACCUUUGCGCCAGCCGGAACGACUGCACCAUCGACAAGCUGAGGAGGAAGAACUGCCCGUCCUGCCGAUUGAAGAAGUGCUUCGAGGCGGGGAUGACAUUGGGAGCGAGGAAGCUGAAGAAAAUCGGGCAGCUGAAGAACCCGGAGGAGGAGGUGGGAGGAGGAGGAGGAGGAGGAGGAGGAGGAGGAGGAGGAGGAGGAGGAGGAGGAGGAGGAGGAGGGCCGCAGGGCUCCCAGGAGCUGAUCCAGUGCAGCAUGUCCCCCAAGCCCUACCUCAACCUGCACUCCCAGCUGAGCUUCCUCAACAUCCUGGAGACCAUCGAGCCCGACGUGGUCAACGCCGGCCACGACCACGGCCAGCCCGACUCGGCCGCCACGCUACUCACCAGUCUCAACGAGCUGGGCGAGCGCCAGCUGGUCAAGGUGGUCAAAUGGGCCAAGGGUCUGCCAGGCUUCAGGAACAUGCACGUUGACGACCAGAUGACCGUCAUCCAGCACUCCUGGAUGGGGGUGAUGGUGUUCGCGCUGGGGUGGAGGUCCUACAAGAACGUCAACGGCAGGAUGCUGUACUUCGCCCCGGACCUGGUCUUCAACGAGAACCGGAUGCACGUGUCCACCAUGUAUGAGCACUGUAUCCGGAUGAAGCACCUGUCCCAGGAGUUUGUCCUUCUGCAGGUCACCCAGGAGGAGUUCCUCUGCAUGAAGGCUCUGCUGCUGCUCAGCAUCGUCCCCGUGGAGGGGCUGAAGAGUCAGAAGUACUUUGACGAGCUACGCCUCACCUACAUCAACGAGCUGGACCGCGUCAUCAACUACGGCCGGAAGUUCAACUGCUCCCAGAGGUUCUACCAGCUGACCCGUCUCAUGGACUCCCUUCAGGCGGUGGUGAGGAAACUCCAUCAGUUCACCUUCGACCUCUACGUUCAGGCCCAAUCGCUGCCCACCAAGGUCAACUUCCCCGAGAUGAUUGCGGAGAUCAUCUCGGUGCACAUACCAAAGCUGCUGGCGGGCCUGGCCAAGCCCAUCCUGUUCCACAAGUAGAACCCGCUGGAGGACUGGAGGACCCCAGGAGAGCUCGGGUCCAGAGUUCUGUCCUGGAGUCGCAUCCCGACCGGGUCCCGUUCCGCCACGUUCCGCCGUGCCUCGGUUCUCCACCAGGGAUGUGGCUCAGAGAGUCUUCUUCUUCUGCCUCGAUGAAGAAGUGUUUUAAUAACUGGAUCAUCUGUGGUUCCAACACAAGCUGACGGCCGUUGAUAAAAAAAGGGAAUCUGUCUCCUUGAGACAGAUCCAUGAAACGGAAAACGAGUGCGGGCCCAGAAAUAAGCUCUUUAGUAACCACGUGUAUUUAGACAGGCCAGUUUCACGGCCAAAAAACAACAAAACACUUAAUCUCUAAUGGAGGUCCUGAGAAAUUGCAGUCGCUGCGUUUACAGACGGAACGAGGUACCAAAUAACAGAUUUCUCGUUGCGUACGUUCAACCGGCUCCGCAACGGUGCUGCCGGUAAAAGGUUUCAAACAGGGAACUAUUAAAUGGUAUCCACCUACGUUUUCUGAUUACCAUACCUCAGCUAAUUAUAUCCAUCGGGCUGUCCUGCUCCCUGCUAGAGGUGUGUUGUUUAGAAAUAUAUUCAGCCUUUUUCACGGGCUGAAUAUAUCACGGGUGUGCCUGAGUAAAACAAUCCUGAGCUAGUUUGGGGUAGAUCCACAUUUAAAUACUUACAAUACAAAAACAGUACACCAACAGUUGUACCGGCAGGUAUUGAAAAACAUCGCCAUACGUCCUAUAACCUAUCGUUUGAUCCAAGCUCACAGACCAGUCUUUCUUAACAGGCUCUUGUUUUCACUCUGCAGCAAAAUACUGGAGACUUAACUAUAGACUGCAUGCUUAGUCACUCUCUAAACUCCCGGAUCAUCUAAGUGUUUUAUCUGUAAGCAGCUCUUUCUGUAGUAUAACCAGUCAUACAACUAGUAACACAACAUACAAGAAGGGACGUUUAGAAAAAAGAGCCACCAGAUGUCUUGGGUGGUGCACUGUUUCCUUUGUCAGUAUAAAGCUUUAAACUUCAACGAACAGUACACAUUCAGCCUUCGGAAAAUGUUUUUGUCAAAAUCUUAAUGCACAAUCUAUUCCCAUAAGAUGUAUUGGUUGGGCCACUGAGAAAUUCAAACCUUCUAUUGCCACUCUAUUUUUGAUCAGCGGUUUCGGACACAUGCUGUCAUUGGUGGAGAUGCCUUCCAACAUAUCUUGGCUAACUGGUGAGAAACCAAUACCGAGUGGUUGGGUGGACCUAUUCAAGUAGUAAUCGCAUUAGACACACAGACAACGAAGCCAUCUUGAUCCCCGGUUUGAGUGGUGGAAUUAUGAAUAAUACAUAUCCCCUUGUGUGUAUUAUGAAUACUCUUUUAAAACCAACAUUUCCUACAGUUUCAAGACUUUAGAGGCAUGCCUUAGCUACUCGCUGAAACCGUCUGAAUGUCUAUUUAAGCCAACGCAUUGUAAAUCCUGACGAUCUUCGAAUCGUCCGCCUGUUGUGAACACUAUCAUUCUUGUGCGAUAACCGUCCGUUUUAAGCCGUCUAUUGAAGCGCAUGGUGUUUUCGUAGCGUUCAUCUGUCUCAGUAGCUACUAUUGCUUGUAAAAUGUCAUCCCUCUUGGGUGUUUUUUUGUAAAUGGUUCAACGAUCAAAUCCAAGACGGAACGGUAUCGUAGAUCAACUGCACUAUAUUUUUCAAGCUGUCUUUUUCCUCUUAAAAUGUUUUUAUAUUGGUAUUUAAAGUGGGGAGGCGGAAGGGUGAGUACAGAUGUAUCCUCACUCCCUCUCAAACCAUGCAGCACGGCUGCUUGGCUGGCGACGGACUUUGGCCGGCUCUGGUCCUAGGCCGGCAGCCAGCACAACAUGGAUGCUUGGUACUUAGACAAGCUGCAAAAUAUAGUUUCGAUUUGCACUGAAAAAAUGCAAAAGAAAAUGCAUACGAUGUCUAUAAGGUCAGGUGAACUUUUUAGGUGACAUGUUGCUGGCGCAUUCAUUUAAGACAAAGAAAUGCACAGAUAUAGAUCUGACUUAAUUUUACAGCUAUUGGUGUGGAACCUCAGCACACAGAAAAAGAAACAAACCUAAAUUGAAGCAGACUUUUGCAGGAGGCUGCAUUUACUUACUCUUACCCUUUAUUUAACCACCCCUCUAAUCCCCAAAACAAGUUAGACACAUGAAUGAAUUAUACAUGAGGAAGGAUGGACUCACCACACUGUCAGCUGAAGACGUAUCGGGUCAUUUAAGGAGGAACGCUGGGUAGCGGUGCCCCUAACAACGUAGCGGGGGUCCCCAACAACGUAGCGGGGCUCCGUAGCAACGACGCCUUUUAACUUCGGUCCGCAAAUCCCACAAAGUGACGCAGAAAUGUCAGUAAACGGCCCGUUCCGCGCAGUCCAAAUUUCCUGCAGUAGCUUUCCCAUCCUGCAGUACUAUUGCCAAAAGAUGUCCUCAAAACACGGAGAAAAGCUGUUGUCGCGCUCAAUCGGGAGCUUUAGAAAGCAAUCAAUGUCACAGCUGUCAAUAGGAGGGAGGGCGGGUUUACACAGCGCUCACAGUGGGCUCACGGUACCACCUAGUGGUGCAACGUGGAAUAGUGCAGCUUUACCUUCUGACCUAAAACACGGUUGAUCGGGUCAGAUGUGGAGGGGUUGGGGAAAACAGCAGGUAUGAGACUUGUUCGAACACAUGCUGAUGACACAGCAUGCACCUUAGCUCACUGAGCCAACUUGAAAUACUGUUAUUUCAAUGUUAUUUGUAUGUAAUCUGAAAUACUGUUUCUGCUGCAGUUUUACGACACAAUGUCAAUUGGUAUGUGCAGAAUGUACGAUCUAUGAACCUGGUUCUUUGUACAUGAUGCUUCUAUGUAUAUAUUGAUUGAUGAUCUGUCCGUUUGGUGUUUUGACUUUAAAAGUACUUUCUUGAAUGAUUUUUACCUUUUGUGAAUUGUGUUUUACAAUAAUUAUAGAGCUGCACCACCUUUUUAAAGACAAUUAAAGCAAUUCUGACUGAUUA